CAGCAGCCCAGAUUUUGUAAAACGAGAACCAAUCAUUCACCACCACCGUUUAGAUUUCCCUGCCUAAUCCUACUAAACUAAUCAUCCUUUUAUUUAUUUUUUCUUCGUAUAAAGAAAAAUAAAAAAGCAAUUAAUUAAUACAAAAUAACAGAAAGAUGGGAAGCAGCACAGCAAUCAUCCCUUAUUUGCAGCUCCAUAAUUGCUUCUGUAAGCAAUUUGAGAUCACUAGAAAUCAACAGCACUUUACUUCUUCUUUGCAACUCAACUCUACGAGAGGGAGAUUAAGAUUCAGUAGUUCGCGGAACACCAGAAGGCUCAGUAGAGUCGUUUGUUUGGCCGCUGUUGAUGAUGAUAUCACCGAGAAGCAGAAGCAGGACUCUCCUACUACCAGCAGUCUUGGCUCCGCUCUCGAGGAUAGGCCCGACAUGCUUGGCAACUCGCAACAAAACUUUGGGGAAGAUGCAGAAGGUAGUGCGCUUUAUAAUUUCCUGUAUCCGAAUAAAGAGCUCCUUCCAGAUGAUAAAGAAAUGAGUAUAUUUGACCAUCUUGAAGAGCUGCGUCAGCGAAUCUUUGUGUCUGUUUUGGCUGUUGGAGCUGCUAUCUUGGGAUGCUUUGCAUUUUCCAAAGAGCUUAUCAUGGUUCUUGAAGCUCCUGUUAAAGUACAGGGUGUGCGGUUUCUGCAAUUAGCUCCUGGAGAGUUUUUCUUUACUACUUUAAAGGUAUCAGGAUACUGCGGCCUUCUUCUUGGGAGCCCAAUCAUUCUUUACGAGAUUAUAGCCUUUGUUCUUCCAGGAUUAACAAGGGCAGAAAGAAGGUUCUUGGGGCCAAUUGUUCUAGGCUCCUCGGUGCUCUUUUAUGCUGGAAUUAUCUUCUCCUAUUUGAUUCUGACUCCGGCGGCAUUAAAUUUUUUUGUUAGUUAUGCAGAAGGGGUUGUGGAGUCUUUAUGGUCCAUUGACCAGUACUUUGAGUUUGUGCUUGUGCUUAUGUUCAGCACAGGUCUGUCUUUCCAGGUUCCUGUUAUACAAGUUCUACUCGGACAAGUUGGUCUAGUAUCAGGAGACCAAAUGCUCUCAAUUUGGAGAUAUGUGGUUGUCGGGGCAGUUGUUGCAGCUGCCGUACUCACACCAUCAACUGAUCCUCUUACUCAGGUGCUUCUAGCAGGGCCCCUUCUAGGUCUGUAUUUGGGUGGUGCAUGGGUGGUCAAGCUCACAGGGCGAUAAAUGGUUUUCCCACAUGCUUCAGGCCAGGAGAAUUGUUUUUACGGUGAUUAGUGCAUUCAGAGGUCAUGAAUGACUCCUGUAUAUUUGUCUAAAGGAUGUAAAAGUAAUAGGGAGUUGAUAUCAAAGAGAAGAAUAAUUAACCACGAAAAGUUUGAUUAGCAACAUCAAUGGAAGAGUAAAUUUUAUUUAUUUA